AUGAAAAUUUUAUUUUAUUUUAUCUCACUUUUUGUUGUAUUUUUUUUUAUUUAUGAAGAAGUAACAGCAGAAAAUUCUAUAUCAGUUACAGAAUUACAGGAAGGAACUAAAGUUAUAGAACCUGGACAAGAAUCUAAGACAAGUGAUAUUGAAAUAAUAAAUUUUGUUAAUACAACAUAUGGUGAAGAUAGUUCUAAUCUUCAUAAAGCUAUUUUUCAAAAUUACUCAAGAAAAGUAAUACCAGUAAGAAAUAUUUCAACACAUCUUGAUGUUUAUGUUUAUUUAUAUAUUAAUCAUUUAACAGUUAAUCAAAAUGAACAAACAAUGACUAUUCAUGGACAAUUAUAUUCAACAUGGACAGAUGAAUUUGCUGUAUGGAAUCCUAAUGAUUUUAAUAAUAUAAGGCAGACAUAUGCCAGGUAUUGGGAUAUUUGGACACCUGAUUUUAGAGUUGCUAACAGUGCUGGUGGUAUAUAUAGUUAUUUUGAUAUUAAUAAAAGAACUCAUGCUACAUUAGUAUAUCUUGGAGCAAAUAAAACUAAAGUUGAGAUAACUCCAACAUUUUCUAUAAAAAUUGGUUGUAUUUUUGAUUUUUCAAAAUAUCCUUUUGAUGAACAAACUUGUAGUAUUCGAUUAUAUUUACUUGAUCCAAUAUCUAGAUUGAAAAUUAAAGUAUAUUAUGAUUUGAAUCCAACAAUACAUUUAUCAUGGGGUCAUAAAGAUAACAAGACUGUUAUUAGUGAAUGGGAAUUUAUUAGUGUUACAAAUAACAUUACAUAUUUUAUUGAUGGUAAUUAUUCUCUUACACCACCAAGAGAUCCAGCACAUUAUGACUUUUCAUGGAGUUUAUAUUCAUGUUAUAUUAAAGUACGCCGAUUUUCUGGAUAUUUCUUACCUACAUGUAUCUUACCAUUUGUAACAUGUUGGCUAUUAAAUACCUCAACAUUUUUUAUUCACGAAAGACAAGUAUCUAUUUGUAUUGCUUUGAUUAAUUUAAUUAUACAAAGUGUUUUUAUUAAUGAUACUAUAUAUCAAAUACCAACUACUUCUGGAGGUAAACCUAUAUAUACAUAUUGUCUAACUACAUUAAUGAUAACAUCAGCAAUAACUUUAUUUGUACAUUUAAUAAUUAACAUACAAAAAAAAGUUAAAAAAGAUGAAAAUAGUUAUGAGUUACAAAGUAUUGUUCCAAAUAUUUUUGAUGAUUCAAUAACAAAAUAUUUAAUAUGUUAUUCACAAGAAAUAAAUACUAAACCACCCAAAAAUGUAUCAUCAUUAGCUAGGGGAAUGCCUGAAAUGGAAAAUAUCUCAAAUACAGAGACUUCUUCUGAUACAUUGUCAAAUUCUAUUAUAGAAUUAGAUGAAAAACCAGAUAGAAACUAUAACAAAGAAUGUUGCACAUUAAAACUUCGUUAUGUUUUUGCUUUACUUCAUGUCUUCAUUUUAGUUGUCUUAAUUGUACUUAUUUAUUUUUAA